ACAUUUACACAAAAUCAACUGGCUGCGCUGAAAUACCAAAUUCUUGCGUACAAACACAUAUCAAAAAACAUACCAUUGCCACCUACACUUCAACAAGCAGUUCUGUCCCCGAGCUCACUCGAUUUGACUAAAGAUCUUGGCUUGCAACGACCACAAGAAACUUCAAGCCAACAAAGCCCAGCUGCCGUACAGUCUCCUGCACUUUCUGCCACACCGAAACCCGUUCCGACUGAAUCGCCGCCAGUAAAGAAGCCUCAGUACAAUGCUUAUGCUUCGCCAUACAACUUGUUAAAAAAACCAAUUUCUUCAUACACCCAUGCCUCCCGUCAGCAACGUCUUUUGAUUCCCAGUAUUACUCCUGUUGGAAUUGACACUCAAGCGUUGAUGGAGGAACGAGAGGAGGGUGUAAAGAAAAGAGUCACAUACCAGAUGUCUCUUCUGGAAGAAAAGCUGGGCCCUGUUGAGACAAGGAUAGCUGCUUUAACCGAAGAAAUUAAAUCUGCUGAUAGCAAUCGCCCUAAACUAAAAGCUUUGAUUGAAUUAAAAACAUUGCGAUUGAUGCAGAAACAAAGAAAGCUUCGGGAGGAAAUGACAUCUGGAAUGGCUAGAUCAACUAUUCUUGCUGUAUCCUCUGAUAGAAUUGCUUACAGACGCAUGAAGAAAGUCUCACUUCGAGACGCUCGUAUGACCGAAAAAAUCGAACGACAGCAGCGUAUUGAUAGAGAACAGCGCGAAAAGCAGAAACAUAUGGACUAUCUCCAGACAAUUUGUGACCAUGGUCGUGAUAUGGUCGGUACGCAUAAGGCAUGGCAAGCGCGACAGUCAAAGUUAGGUAGAGCUGUUGUCCAGUUCCACCAACACAUCGAAAAGGAGGAACAAAAGAAGGCAGAAAGAAUCACCAAAGAACGUAUCAGAGCACUCAAGAAUGACGAUGAAGAGGCGUAUAUGAAACUCAUCGACGAAGCCAAGGAUACUCGCCUCACACAACUACUGAAACAGACUGGUACUUUCCUAAGCUCUUUAACAAAGGCAGUUGUAGAUCAACAGAAUGACUCGAUUAGCAAGCAUGGAUUUGAACAGGAGCCGAUAAAAGAUGAAGGGGCACCCGAUCCAGACGCAAAGGUAGAUUAUUUCCAGGUGACGCACAGAGUAAAGGAAGAAGUGUCCCAGCCAUCAAUGCUGGUAGGAGGUACACUCAAGGAAUACCAGGUCAAGGGUUUGCAGUGGAUGGUUUCUUUAUACAACAAUCAUUUGAAUGGUAUUCUCGCUGACGAGAUGGGUCUCGGAAAAACCAUCCAGACUAUCAGUUUGAUCACCUACCUGAUUGAGCGCAAGAAACAAAAUGGUCCGUUCUUGAUUAUUGUGCCUUUGUCGACCUUAACCAAUUGGCACCUUGAAUUCGAUAAAUGGGCUCCCUCAGUGAGUAAGAUUGUUUACAAGGGCAUGCCACUUGUACGCCGCAACCUUCAAAUGGAUAUCCGACGUGGUGAUUUCCAAGUACUGCUAACAACUUUCGAAUACAUUAUCAAAGACCGGCCUGCUUUGAGUAAAGUCAAAUGGCUUCACAUGAUUGUAGAUGAAGGACAUCGUAUGAAGAACACCAAUUCCAAACUAACCCUUACCCUACGACAAUAUUACCAUACUCGUUACCGUCUCAUCUUAACUGGUACACCGCUUCAGAACAACUUACCUGAGCUGUGGGCAUUGCUGAACUUUAUUCUACCGAAAAUUUUCAAGAGUGUUAAGAGUUUUGAAGAAUGGUUCAAUACACCCUUUUCCACUCAAGGUGUACAAGACAAAAUCGAUCUCAAUGAAGAAGAACAACUUCUGAUUAUUAAACGUCUCCACAAAGUGCUUAGACCAUUUUUGUUGCGUCGGUUGAAAAAAGAUGUCGAGUCCGAGCUACCAGACAAAGUAGAGCAUGUUAUUAAGUGCAAAUUCUCUGCACUUCAGGCCAAAUUGUAUUCCCAAAUGAAGAAGAACGGAACAAUGUAUAAAGCAUCGCGUGAAGGAAAGACAGGAAUCAAGGGUCUUAGUAACACAUUGAUGCAGUUACGAAAGAUCUGUAACCAUCCCUUCGUGUUCGAGGAAAUUGAAAACACAAUAAACCCUAUUCGUCAGUCCAACGAACUUCUUUACCGUACUUCUGGAAAGUUUGAGCUGCUUGAUCGUAUGCUGCCCAAAUUAAGGCAGACAGGACAUCGUGUAUUGAUCUUCUUCCAAAUGACCCGUAUUAUGAGUAUUAUGGAGGAUUUUAUGAACCUUAGAGGAUUUCCUUAUUUACGUCUUGAUGGUUCCACAAAGUCCGACGAUCGUUCUCAACUAUUACAGCUAUUUAACGCUCCUGAUUCACCUUAUUUUAUCUUCUUGCUGAGUACACGUGCAGGUGGUCUUGGUCUAAACUUACAAACAGCAGAUACAGUUGUUAUCUUCGAUUCUGACUGGAAUCCUCAUCAAGAUCUCCAAGCUCAGGAUCGUGCGCAUCGUAUUGGUCAAACCAAGGAAGUUCGAAUCUUUCGUUUAAUUUGUGCCAAUUCUAUCGAAGAAAACAUCUUGGCUAGGGCAAACUACAAGCUAGAUAUUGAUGGUAAGGUUAUCCAAGCUGGUAAAUUUGAUAACCGUAGUACAGAUGAAGAUCGUGAAGCAUUUUUGAGAUCCUUACUCGAAGACAAGAACGACGAAGACCCUGAACUCGAGGCUGAUGAGGAGAUGGAUGACGAGGAACUGAACGAGAUGUUAAAGCGUUCUGAUCAAGAACUUGUGAUCUUUAAACGAAUUGAUGCUGAAAGAGCACGUGCAGAAAUGGAUCUUUAUAGAAGAAUGGGUGGCCGUGGAAAGAAACCAGAACGAUUGAUUCAAGACGAUGAACUUCCUGACAUUUACAAUCAGGAAGAAGAUCUAGUACAUGAAAACAUUAAUGGGCUGUUAGAAUACGGUCGUGGCCAACGAGUGAAAGAAAGUAUUCGAUACGACGAUGGACUAACGGAAGAACAAUGGGUGGAGAAUGUAGAUAUGAAUGACUUGCUCGUUCAGGGAGAAAAAAGACAUCCGGAUGGUCCAGGUCAAAUAGGCUUUGUAGAGGAAAUAGGAGAAACAAGCAGUCGACGUGGACGCCGUAAGCUGGCUGCCCAAAUAGCUCGUUUCGAAGAAAUGGACGGGAUGCCGAAAAAACGCGGAAGACCGAAGAAAUGGGAGCCAGAGCAAAAGAGGCUUAAAAAAGGAGCCGAACUGAUUGGAAGAGAUCCUUUACCACCACCAAUCCGGCAGCAAAUGACGGAGAUAUUUGAUAGGUGUUACAAAGCAGUAGAACAAGCUACAGAAGAAGAUGAACACUCUUACCGACAGCGGUGUAGUCUCUUUAUGGAUCUUGUCAGUAAACGAGACUAUCCAUUGUAUUACACCAUGAUCAAAAGUCCUAUUGCGAUGAAAAUGAUUAAAAAGCGCAUUCAUUCACCAUAUUAUAAAACAAUUGCUCAGUUCCGCGCAGACUUCCAUCUUAUGUUUGACAAUGCUCGUACAUUCAAUGAAGAGGGUUCUGUUGUAUAUCAAGAUGCGGACGAAAUGCAGGUACGU